UUUUUACCCCUGGGAAGCAUUUCUGUUGAGUGUUCCAACAUUUAAAAUCCAACAAUGCGUCCAAUGCGCAUCUUCCUGAACGAUGACCGCCAUGUCAUGGCAAAGCACUCCGUGGUGUAUCCAACUCAAGAGGAACUUGAGGCUGUCCAGAACAUGGUGUCACACACAGAAAGGGCCUUGAAAGCUGUGUCCGACUGGAUUGACCAGCAAGAGAAGGUCCAGACUGGAGACAAUGUACAGCCGGAAGUGGAGACCCCAGAAGAGACUACAGAAGAGGGAAAGGAUGGCGAAUCGAAAACCGGAGAGAACUCCACCAGGACGCUCCGUGGUGUGAUGAGGGUUGGACUUGUUGCCAAGGGGCUUCUUUUGAAAGGCGAUUUGGAUCUGGAACUGGUUCUUCUGUGUAAAGACAAGCCCACAAUUUCCCUUCUGAGGAAGGUGUCGGACAACCUUAUUCUUCAAUUUGUGACUGUGUCUGACGAGAAGUACGAAAUUGUGCCGAAUAUCAGGGAGGCCACAAUUGUAAUCAAGAACACAAAGGAGCCACAGCUCACACUUAACAUCCGCCUGACCUCCACUCUAGUUCGGGAGGAGGUUGAAAAGAUGAGUGCUGGAGAAACGCUAUCAGUCAGCGAUCCACCGGACGUUCUGGACAGGCACAAAUGCCUUGCUGCAUUGGCGUCGCUCCGACACGCCAAGUGGUUCCAGGCUAGGGCUAAUGGUCUGAAGUCUUGUGUUAUUGUCAUCCGUGUCCUGCGUGACCUGUGCACUCGUGUGCCUACAUGGGAACCACUAAGAGGAUGGCCUCUUGAAUUGCUUUGUGAGAAAGCCAUUGGAACAGCAAACAGGCCCAUGGGAGCUGGUGAAGCUUUCAGAAGAGUCCUUGAAUGCCUCAGCUCUGGAAUACUGAUGCCAGAUGGUCCUGGCCUCUAUGAUCCAUGUGAAAAAGAAGCCGUUGAUGCCCUUGGUCAUCUUGAAAGACAGCAGCGUGAAGACAUUACCCACAGCGCACAGCAUGCUCUCAGAUUGGCAGCAUUUGGCCAACUUCAUAAAGUAUUGGGCAUGGACCCUCUGCCCUCAAAGUUGCCCAAGAAGACUAAACCUGACCCACCCAUUGAUUACACAGUCCAGAUUCCUCCUAGCACUACCUAUGUUAUUCCAGCCCUGAAACGCCCCAUUGAGGAGGACGGAGAAGACAAAUCGCCAAGUAAGAAGAAAAAGAAGAUUCAGAAGAAAGAUGACAAGGCAGAACCACCUCAAGCUAUGAAUGCCUUGAUGAAACUGAACCAGCUGAAGCCAGGUCUGCAGUACAAACUGUUGUCCCAGACUGGACCUGUCCACGCACCCAUCUUUACAAUGUCUGUGGAAGUGGAUGAGAAGACUUUUGAAGCCUCUGGGCCCUCAAAGAAGACUGCUAAGCUUCAUGUUGCUGUUAAGGUUUUGCAAGACAUGGGUAUUCCUACUGGAAUGGAAGAAAAGGAAGAGGUUCCUGAGGAAGUGGAACAGAAGCCUGUGGUCCAGACUCCAUCUCAGCCAGAAUCUACACAAGGUGAUUCUACCACUGGAGACCAGUCAGAGAGUGCCAAGCAGCAAGGCCCCAUUCUCACAAAGCAUGGAAAGAACCCAGUCAUGGAGCUGAAUGAGAAGAGGCGAGGGCUGAAAUAUGAGCUCAUAUCUGAAACUGGUGGCAGCCAUGAUAAGAGAUUUGUAAUGGAGGUUGAAGUGGACAACCAGAAAUUCCAAGGUUCUGGCUCUAACAAGAAGGUUGCCAAGGCCUACGCAGCACUUGCUGCUUUAGAAAAGCUCUUCCCUGACUACAACCUGUACUCUGAGGCCCCCAAAAAGAAAAGACCACCAAUGAUGCCCAGGGGUGGUCCCAGAGGUGGAAAACAUAAUCAAGGCUUUGGGAUGAUGUACAAUGAAGCGCCUCCACCACAACCUAUGCGCGGGCGUGGAGGUAGAGGAGGAAUGAACCGUGGCAGAGGACGGGGUCGUGGCUUUGGUGGCAACCAUGGUUACAUGAACUCAGGUGGCUAUGGAGGAGGCUACGGGGGCAACUACAACUACCAGAAUUCCGCGACAGCUGGAUACAGCCAAUUCUACAGCAAUGGAGGCGGCUCUGGCAAUUCAGGUGGCGGCUCUGGCAAUUCAGGGGGCUAUGGCUCUGGGGGCUAUGGCUCUGGUGGCUAUGGCUCUGGAGGCUCUGGCUCCUACUAUCAAGAAAGCUAUACUGCACCAACUCCCCCUAAACCCUUUGUGAAGAAGCCUCCCCAACAACCACCACAGCAGCAACAGCAGCAGGCACCAGCCCCACAGCAUUCAGUCCAGUCUAAGCCUUCAUACAAUCAGGGCUACCAGUCACAUCAAGCCCAGCAGCAACAGAGCUACAACCAGAACCAGUACAGCAACUAUGGACACCACAAAAGCAGAAGGGAGGCUACAACCAAGGGAAUCAGGGAGGUGGCGGCGGCAACGGCGGCUCCUAUUCUUAUUCCAACACCUACAACAGCAGUGCUUCCUCAGGCUAUAACACUGAGGGAACAGGUGGACGGGGUGGCAAUUCAUACACAGCACCCAACACUGGCUACAGUUCGGGCACAAACUAUGGUGCUGGUGCCAACAAUUCCUCAUACCAAGGAUACUCCCAAACGGGCUACAAUCAAGCUCCUGCACAAAACUACAACCAAGCUCCUGCCUCCUACCAGGCAGCCCAAGGAGGAACUGGCAACUAUGGCAGAACAGCAGACCACAGCAUGAAUUACCAAUACAGAUAGACUCUAUGCCCAAAAUUCCCUUCUGUCUCUUCUCUUGACCCUUCCCCCCCGCCC